GUUGUAUUCGACAAAUUCAAGAACCUUAUGGGAGGCCGCGUGCGGAUUAUGCUGACGGGGUCUGCUCCCCUCGAUCCCCAGACCUUGGAACGCAUGCGCGCUUUCUUCUGCUGUUGGAUUGUUGAGGGAUACGGCAUGACGGAGACAAUGGGCGCCUCCUUUUUGACGUGGAACGUUUAUGACAACAGCCCAGGGCAAGUUGGCGGGGUUCUGCCUUGCUUAGAGUUUUGCUUGCUGGAUGUAAGUGAGACAAUGAACAAGUACUCGAUCAGGGAUCCGAUCCCCAAGGGCGAACUCUGUGUCAGAGGCUCGACUGUCUUCGCGGGGUACUUUCGAAACAAAAAGGAGACAGAUAGUGUCAUCGACAAAGACGGCUGGUUUCAUACAGGAGACAUAGCUGCGUUAUUACCAAAUGGAGGCGUGCAAAUCAUAGACAGGAAAAAGAAUAUAUUCAAGCUUGCUCAGCUUGUAUUGGCGCUUUCUUGCAUUGACCGUGUGUAUUCGGGAGAGUACGUUGCCCCUGAGAAGAUAGAGGCGGUGUAUAUGCACAGCCGGUUUGUGGUGCAGUGUUUUGUUUUUGGGUUUUCAUCAGAGACAUCGUUGGUGGCUGUUGUGGUUGCCGAUCCCGACCAGACGCUGCAGUGGGUGCGGGAGACGAGGGGUGCUGCAGCAGCAGAAGCGCAUACUUUCGCGGAAUGGUUGGAGGAUCCAGAAGUGCAGCGAAUCAUACAAGAAGACAUGCAGCAGGUGGCUAAGAAGCAAGGGCUGAAGGGCUUCGAACUCGCAAGAAAGGUUUAUUUCCGCACCGAACAGUUUACCGUAGAGAACGGACUGCUUACCCCGACAUUCAAACUUAAACGGCACUACGCACAGGAGGUGUUUGCUGCACAGAUAAAAGAAAUGUAUGAGAAAAUACAUAAGGAACAGCAGAGCGCUUGA